CCAUCUGCAGAGCCAUGACCAGUGGUUGGAGACACCAUGACCCCCACCCUUCCAGCCUUGCUCUGCCUGGGACUGAGUCUGGGCCCCAGGACCCGAGUGCAGGCAGAAACCCUCCCCAAACCCAGGCUCUGGGCUGAGCCAGGAACUGUGAUACCACGGGGGAAGCCUGUGACGCUCUGGUGUGAGGGGAUCCUAGAGGCCCAACAGUACUAUCUGGAAAAAGAGAAAAUACCAGUGCCCUGGGAAACAAAGAUGACCCUGGAGUCUGGGAACAAGGCCAAUUUCUCCAUCCCAUCCAUGGCCCAGCACUAUGCAGGACGAUAUGACUGCUACUAUCUGAGCCCUUCUGGCUUAUCACUGCACAGUGACCCUCUGGAGCUGGUGGUGACAGGAAUCUACCACAAACCCAGACUUUCAGCCCUGCCCAGCCCUGUGGUGCCUGCAGGAGGGAAUGUGACCCUCCAGUGUGGCUCACGGGUGGGAUUUGACAGAUUUAUUCUGACUGAGGAAGGAGAAGACAAGCCGUCUUGGACAGUGGAGUCACAACGAGGCCGCAGGGGACAGGUCCAGGCCCCAUUCCGGGUGGGCCCUGUGACUCCCGGUCACCAGUGGAUAUUCAGAUGCUAUGGCUUUGUCUGGAGCAUACCGCAGGUGUGGUCAGAGCCCAGUGAGCCCCUGGAGCUGGUGAUCGCAGGAGGCCAUGACCAUCAGCCCCUCAGGCCAGAGUUUGGACCCAAGGGUGGCGACCCUCCAGGCAUAGGCCUGCAAGGGUACUUGAAGGUCGUGCUCUGGGUCUCCGUGGCUGUCACCCUGCUGCUGCUGCUUCUCCUCUUCCUCUUCCUUUUCUUUCGAUACUGGUGUCGGAGAAGAGGCUGGUGGGCACAUGCCGCUGUGAAGGACACAGAGCCUGAGGACGGGGUGGAGCUCGACACUAGGAGCCCACCUGCUGAGGACCCCCAGGGAGUGACAUACGCCCAGGUGAAGUACUCAGCACCCAGGAGAGGGGUCUUCCCUCCUACGGGCCUGUCAGGACAGCUCCUGGACAUGAAGGAUGGACAGGCAGGGGAGGACAGGCCAAUGCACGCUCAGGUUUCUGCCCCUGAGGGUCCCCAGGAUGUGACCUACGCCCAGCCGGGCAGCGGCACACUUAGACACGAGACAGCUGCCCCUCCUUCCUCCCAGGAUGGGACCCUCCCAGCAGAGCCCAGUGUGUAAGCUGCUCUGUUAGAGACACCUAACAGAGACCUCCAGAGAUCCUGAGACCUUCUGAGGCUCACCUGACUCUAGUCAGAGAGAGCUCACACCUCUGUGUGCUGGAAAUAAAACCAGAGACUCUUCAAUAA